AUGCCGUAUAAGUGGUUUUUCGAUUUAUGUCAAGGGUAUAAAGGCGUGAGUUUGCUUUUUUUCUGAUUAGCCGGUUUUUCCAGUUAAGGAGCGGAUUAACCUUAACCUUUUGAUAAGGGCGAUCACUUUUUUGUUUAUAUAUUGAUAUAUUUCACAUUAUUUUUGAUAAGAAUUUUUUUAAAAAUUUUUUUGAAGAAGAUAUAAUUUUCUUGGUUUAGUUAAAUGGACCGCUACUUUAGUAAAUUAGCUACAGUUUGGUCCAAGGCGCGUAAUUUUAUCAAAAUUUUUGGAUUUUUUAUUUUUGAAACGAUGAAAUUUUUUUCUGACUCUAGUAGGAUACGAAUUAUAUUAAUAUAAAGAAGAGAACGAGCGUGUUGUAGGUGUUUAAUAUAGAGUAAGGCUGAUUUUUUGCUAAAGAUUAGGAUUUACUAGGCUUAAACUUGCAAUUAUAUAGACAUAGGCUAAAUCUAAAGCUUAGUAUUAGACUAAGGAUAAGGCUAGGGAUCAACUAAAAGUUAGGAUAAGGCUACGUUUUAGACUAAUUUACAGGUUGCAGCUUAAGCUAGAGAUUAGGUUGAAGAUAAGGCUAACGCUAACGCUAAGGCUAAGGCAAAGGCAAAGGCAAAGGCAAAGGCAAAGGCAAAGGCAAAGGCAAAGGCUAAGGCUAAGGCUAAGGCUAAGGCUAAGGCUAAGGCUAAGGCUAAGGCUAAGGCGCAGGCUAAGGCUCAGGCUAAGGCUAAGGCGCAGGCUAAGGCCAAGGCUAAGGCUAAGGCGCAGGCUAAGGCUAAGGCUAAGGCUAAGGCUAAGGCUAAGGCUAAGGUUAAGGCUAAGGCUAAGGUUAAGGCUAAGGCUAAGGUUAAGGCUAAGGCUAAGGUUAAGGCUAAGGCUAGAGUAAAAAUGAUUUUUGUAUUCUGUGCUUUGUCCCUUUGGCUAGUCUCAUUUUGGCUUCAGUAG